CGUACCGCCUACCGCUCUAGCCCGCGCACCACACCUCUCGGUUCUCUCUCUCUCUCCCACUCCCACUCCCCCCUCCUAGCACCGCUACCACCACCACCAUCAGCGGCCUGGGUUGGCGACCAUUUGUUAUUAUUAAACCCGGACCCCGUCCGACCACCCCCCUUCCAUCUAAGAAAGACCCUUCUCGGUCUCCCUCACACUCCUUUCUCUGUGUCGUGCAGAGUUGUCGUGAGGAGUUUGGAAAUAGCUUCCUCGACCUCGAAUCACAAUUCCGAAUACCCUCAACCUCCUCCUUAUCCUCUCGACCCGACUUCCACUCUCCUCUGUCUUCCUACGAGGAGCCCUCCGAAAUCUACAUCCCGAGAAAAGAGAGCCACUGUCCCCGGUGAGCUAUCUCUAUCUCGCUUCACGCCAGAAACACCAAGGAGAAAAAAAACUGUGAGUGCCCUCUGUUUGGCCACCCUUCAGGAGAACAACAACACCAGGAAACCAGUACCAUGGUUCUUGACCGCUGCCUUUUGCCUCUUGCCCAGCUUGUUGCCUCGUUUUUGUGACUCCUCACUACACUGCCUGCUUAUCUUGCCGCCUCGUCAGAGGAGAGGAAACGAGAAGGGGAAAUCUCUGCCUCGCACACUGCACUUUGCAUCCUGCACCACCCACUUGCUUUGCUGUUGGCUGUCAUAUUCACUGUCUGCCUGUGUUUGCCUUUGCCUGUAUCAUCUGUCACUCACCACCGUCGGCCGCCCCGUGUUUUCGAGAGUUGGCAACACCACUUUACAUUCCCCUCGUUGUCCUCGGCGUCUUGUACUUCCCCCCUCAAAUUCCAGCGUUGUGAGACAAGACCGCUCCUGCAGCAUCUGCAACGGGGAUACAUCGCUCGUGGUCCCUCUCACGAGCCUCCUCAUCUUUUCCGACUGUGCUGCCUGCGCAGAGUGUCGCAACGGCGCUUCUUGUUCUCCUCGACUUCUCACUCCGAUUUUCCCACUCUCACCUGCUUGA